UGUCGCGCUACCUUAAAACAUAACUCGGGUUAUUUAUACGUUUUGGUUAUUUUUAUCGAGCAAAAACUACUUUCAAUUAAGAUAUAAUAACUGUUAGUUGAAUCAAAGGUUUUGAACUAAUGUGCGAUAGGUUCUGAUUAAUUAAAUAACGUCGAAGUUGGUUAGACGAGUCUGUUUGGAAAUGGUGUAAUGACAGUUUGAGACUUGGUGGUGAAAACUGGUUCAUUUGAUUUGAGUGAAACUAUAAAGCGAGAAGUGAAAUUAACUUUUUUUUGGUGUAAUUUCAAGUGUAAUUCUGACAUUAUUGAAGUGGUCGUGUGUUUGAGAUAAUGUUUUGUGUUUCCAUUUCCUCAGCGCGAACGCCAUUUUGCAAUUCGGUUUAGGCGUAUACAUUAUCCACUUCCAUCCUAUUGCGGCCGUGGAAAGUGAUGAAUAACUUAUUGGUGAUGUGGAUUAACUUGUUUUGAUUUUCACUGGAAGAUACCUAUAAACAGUAUGUGGUAGGCGGGGCCAGGGGGGUUAGCCCCCCUAUAGACCUGGCGCCGUCAUUACGGAUCACCACGGCGACCUUCACAGAUGUCCUGACAACGGGCCCAGGGCCACCAGGAUGCCUGCGGACGAUGAUUAUGCCAGAAGACAGAUAUUGUUGCAGCAACAUGCCUCUCAGUCCCAGCCACCUUCUCUGUCCAUUCCUUGUCCUGCUGGUUGUGUUCUUCCCGCAGUUGAUCAGCGACAGCAGCAGGACAGCGUUACACAUCGCUAUACGAGCGAAAAGAACCUCCUGGAAACGUCGUCGACUGAACGAUACUCGAUUCAGGAUCGUUUUGUCGAAGAUCGAAGUUGCUCAGAGCGAUUCGGUUCGGAGCGCAGCAGUUCUGACCGGCUGCCUUCAGGUGAACGAUAUCAAGGCGUUUCGGAACGAUUUCCUCUCGGCGAGAGACCUCAGACCUCGGUGUCUACGGAUAGGCUACUACCUAAAGAUGCGCUGCAAACAUCAGGGCAUAGUCAAAAUGAUCGAUCUGGGUAUCAACAUGAAAGAUAUGAGAGGUCGAACUGUCAACGAUUCCCGGAGAGGUAUACGCCGGUUCAGAACAUUGGUAGUCUCGAUAGGUACCACACCCAUGCCACGUUGGAUAGGUACUCUAGAACUACAACGCCUACGGAUAGGUAUCACACCCUUUCAACAGACAAGGAGAAGAGUAGUGUUAAUAAUGACCGUUAUACACCGAUUGAUAUGUACCAACCCUCUGCUACUGAAAAUUCCAGCAACACCACCAAUGAAAGGAUUGUUCCUGGACAGAGUAUAUGUUGUACCGAACGGUAUACCCCUACAGAAAGGCACAGAAGAGGUUCCAAAGCAGAACUGUACAAAAACAAGGAGCGAUCGGUUAGCUCUGAUCGAAAAGAUUGGGAAAGGCAACAAAGAGAUCAGUAUCAGAAUCGGUUCGAACAAUAUGUUAAUGAACGAUUCAACCAAGAUCGCUUUUCUGCAAUACCGUGCCCUGAACGUUUUGCCACGCAGGACAGGAUCGAUCGAUCGGAAAAAAUAUCAUUUUCGCAAAUGUCAUAUUUGGAACCGCCUUCUCCAGCUCCAGCGAAUGACAGAUUCUUUCCUCCUCCUCCUCUUUCACCUGAAAAUACACCUAGCCCUGAUUGUUUUUCUAAUAACACAUUUCCAUCUCCAACAACCACGGUACCUCAACCGGAUCGUUUCAUUCCACCUCCUCCGCUAUCACCAUCACCCACCGAAACUUUUGCACCUUCUCCGAAAAAACUUGAUAGAUAUGAUAAAUCACAAAGAUAUCAAGGCUAUUCGGCAUCACCGAAUAACUCCAACGACAGGUUUCAUCAUAAUGAGCAUAGAUAUAAGGAUAGGUACCACAACUAUUCUGAGAGAUACCAACAAAACGGUAGUAAUCAUCCUACUCACCAAUCCGAUAAAUAUGUAAAUAAUGAAAAUAGAUUUAGUGGUGGCGAAAGAUAUUUGCCACCAAACGCACAUGUGCCUGUUGAGAGAUAUGUACCCCAGCAACAAGAGCCGUAUCUUGGUUCUUACCAAGCAUACGGGUACAAACAGUUCAAUUCAAAUGACCCUUAUAUGAGAAGAGACCUCGCCUUUCACUAUAGAUUACCGUUGCCAUAUUCCGCAAACCAACACCAAAGAAUGAGGUAUUCACAUAUGGGUACGCCCAGUAGAUUGAAGUGUUGUCAGUAUCAAGAAGGUUAUCAACUAUCCAAAUCAAGUCCCGGCUCCAGUUCAAGCAGUUCGGUCACCAGUCAAGGUAAAGAUAUCCAUCAGAAAGAAGUACCAUGUGUCAAUAGCAGUCUUCAAGAAAUUCAGUGCCAAAAUUAUCAGGGAAAAGAGUACCAUUGUAGUUAUCAACAAGAAAAGAGUACCCAGUGUGGUAACGUGCAGUGUCAGCAAAGUAAAGAGUGCAUAGGCUUCGUUUCACCAAAUUUGAAGAUAUCGAAGGGACAGUGCCGCCAUAGUAUUUGCGGAAGUCCUUCAGUAGAGUAUGUUGGAGCUUCAGGUGGAAGGCAUGUCUGUGCUACUCCACCACCAAGAGGUAGCAUUGGAUCAGCAGAUGGUUCUGUUUGCAAUGAGAUGUGUUGUCCUAGAAGGUCGCAAAGUGCUUUAACAGUAACUGUUUG